GACAAACGAAGUUGACGCUAGUAGCUAUUAGCUAGUAGCUUAGCUAUGAAACCUUGCUAGCGACAAACCUAGCUUGCCAACACCAAGCGUCUACAGUUUACUAGCCUUAAAACUAAUUAAUUAGAGCUGGUAAACAUAACCAGAUCAAAUGGUUAAUGCGACUGUGCAGCCAUGGGUGACAUGAAAACCCCAGACUUCGAUGAUCUGCUGGCAGCAUUUGACAUCCCAGAUGCCACUGGGUUGGAUGCCAAGGAGCCCAUCCAGGGAAGUCACGAAGAGACGGACAGUCAACUGAAACACACAGGGAUAUGUCUUGAUGACAGUUUACUUAGUAACCACACUGUCUCAGCAGCAGAUAUUCCUGCUGUAAGUGUAAUUGUGAAAAACACAAGUCGCCAGGAGUCGUUGGAAGAUUUUGAACCGGCAUUGCAAAAUGGAUUCAGUGGUCAAGAGCCAUACUCCAUAUGCUCUGUUGAGACCACCAGCUUUUCAAAAUCAUUUGUCCCUGGUUUGAAUGGGGAUCAUUCAAGAGAGCUUUUUGGAAAGGCGUCCAUUCAUCCCAAACCUGACGGAACAGCAAUAUUUUCCCAGACACUUUCUGAUUUUAGUCCAAUCUCCAGCCCCGAGUCUGAAGACACUCUGUGUAGUAGAAAUGAAAUGCAUCCAAAACAAGGCAGACCCUGUUUCCCUGAAGCUUCAGAAUUUGUACAAUCAUCAAUCCUGGAAAUUGCUCCAAAAAUGGACUUCACCGUGUUCGAUGACUGCCAGAAGGACUAUAAUUCCAUGAACACUGAGGGUAGUAGAGAGGAGAGAAGCACAAGCGAAGAGUCUUCUGACAACUGUGUCAGUGACCAGAUAGAUAAAACACUUAUAUUACACAGUGCACUUCCCCCACCAAGUGUUAACCAGAACUGUAAUGAGCCCAACUGCAUUUCAGAAACCACAUUGGAUGUCCCUACCUAUCCACAUGUCAAAUCUCAGACACCUAAAUUAUCUUCUUGCAUCGAGGCUCUGGUUGCUCUAAAUGAUAGAGAAGAUCCCAGUGAGGAGAAAACUUCCAUCAAGUCCUCAGCUCUACAGAAUAACUCUAUGAAAGCAACUUCCAACGUGCCUAUAUCCCCACAAAGUCCACUUGAAGUUGUGAAACGGUUAAUGAAACCCUCCGAUAGUCCCGUAAGCAUAUGCAGUGACAGUAGUGGCAAAGCAUCCCCAGCGGUGGCAACUGGGUCACCCCCUGCCAUACCAAGGGUAAGAAUCAAAACCAUCAAAACCACAACUGGGCAGAUCAAGCGUACAGUCACCAGUGUUCUGCCUGAUUCGGAAACUGAUGAAAUUAACUCUGCGUAUGAAGCUUCUCCCUCGCAGAGUAUGAUUAGUGAAGAUUCUUCCUGUAACAUGUCUCCUCGCCAAUCUCGAAGUGCGUCUGUUGAUAGGAUUGUCGGAGUAAAAACUAAACGUGCGCUAGCUAGUACAUCUUCACCAAGAGUCUUAGUCAAACAGUCAGAGGUCAACUCCCGCAGGUCAGGCGCGACACAUUUUGCGACAGUAUUCCAAAAGACCGGUGGUGUGGUCAAACCUUCUGCUACACAUCGGGGGCAGAAACUAAAAAGGGGCCACACAACUACCACCAAUUUUCUUCCUAAAGCAAUGCACUUAGCUAGUCUGAACCUGGUCCCUCACAGCGUUGCUGCUUCCGUGGCUGCACGAUCCACAUCUCAUCAGCAGAGCCCACACGCACUGUCCUCCACGGUCGAUAGCACCGUCCCGCUCGUGCAUCAAGUGAAAACGGCCAACCCUUGCACUCGCGCGUCCAUUCCCAACACAGAGGCACUAACCUUAAACAGACUGUUGAACCGUGCCAAUCCUGUGCCUACAUACGUGCCCAACCUGAACCCCCCCCCAGACAGUGAUAUCAACCUACCAGCGCGCGGCUACUGCUGCCUCGAGUGCGGGGACUCCUUCGGGCUGGAAAGUAGCCUUUCAUAUCACUACAGCAGGAGCAGUGUUCACAUUGAAGUCGGAUGUACAUACUGUGCAAAGACAAUGGUGUUCUUCAACAAGUGUGCCUUGUUGGCGCAUGCGAGAGAGCACAAGAACAAUGGCAUGGUGAUGCAGUGCACACAGCUCCAGAUGAAACCCAUCGCAGAGGAACUCAUGUUUGUCCCUCAGAGAGCCGUGAACGCGGACCUUUACAACUCGCCCUCGCGUAAAAGUCAACCUGUCCUGCCCCUAUAUUCAGACAAAGUCAUGCGGCGCCGGCUCCGUUGCCUGGAGUGUAGCAAGCAGUUUUCUGACCACAAAGCACUGGCGUGCCACUACCAGAGGCCGGCUGACGAAGUGGAAGGACUUAUGUGUAAGGUGUGUUCGAUGUUAUUACCCAACAAGUGCAGUUUUAGAGCUCACCAACGCAUUCACGCACACAAGUCCCCUUACUGCUGUCCCGAGUGUGGCGCCCAGAGCCGUUCUGCAGACAUACAGAAACACGUCAGGGAAAACUGUCUGCACUAUGCUCGCAAAGCUUGGUACAAAUGUCUUCACUGCGAUAUGGUGUUCAAAACCCUUCAAGGACAAAAGACUCACAUCGAGGAGAAACACUGUCAAGUUUUUUAUAAGUGUUCCCUCUGUCCGGUUGCCUUCAAGACCUCUGACGGCUGUGAAAUGCAUUUAAAAAAUAAACACAGCAGGAGCAAAGUAUCCCCGCUAACAAUCUUUAAGUGUUCAUGUGAGACGGUUUUCAAGAAAAAGCAGUCCCUGUUGCAGCAUUUCCAUCAAAACGCCAGCAAACGUGUUACGUGUGUAUUCAAGUGUCCAGAAUGCAACUCGGUCUUUCCACAAAAGCAGCUGUUAAUGCAGCACUUCAAGGGAGUUCACGUAGGUAACACGACAGCAGAGAUGGAAAAGACAAGUGAACAGACAGACAAUCCUGACUGCAACCAGGAUGCUAAUUCUGUCCAGCAACAGAAGACUGAGGGCCCGGUUAAACGCACAGAGGCUCCCAGAAAGAAGCCUGAGCGGGAAAGAAGCCCUCGUGGGAAGCCCACCGGCUGGACAUGUGGCGAAUGUCUCCAGCGGUUCCCUGAACGAGACUCCUAUCUUGCUCACGUGAAGACCAACCACAAGAAGUCAGUUAAGAAGUAUCCAUGUCGACAUUGCGAGGAAUCUUUCAACUCUUCAACCAGUCUGAGAAGACAUAUUCGGAGGGAGCAUGAUGGAAAAAAGAAAAUUUACACUUGCUGGUAUUGCACGGACACCAAGACGUUCACGACGAGUGUCAUGUUGAAGAACCACAUCAGUUUAAUGCACGGAAUCAAAAAUCCGGAUCUUGGCCAAAUGCCGAAAACAACUAUCCAGGAAUCAAAAAAAGCUUUUGGCAAGGGACUUUUAUCAGAGCGACCUGCCGUGGACACACAGGUGGAGGGACAGGAGGGCACUUGCGGUCUUGACACUCCUCCAGCGAAACGCCUGAAGACUCAGUUCCGCUGUUCAAAAUGUGGCUUCGUCACAGACGACAGUCCACAGUUCCAGCAGCAUAUACCGCAGCAUAAAACGGACGAAAACACCCCACAGUGCCUUCACUGCGGCUUGUGUUUCACAUCCCUGUUGUCUCUCAACAGACAUCUUUUCAUUGUGCACAAAGUCAAAGAAACGGAGGAGGCGGGGAAAAGAGGAGAGGAGGCCGAGUCGAGGCAGGAGAUGCAGGUUGUUGAGCCAGUUAGAUCAGCGGAUACGGACGAGGUAAAUGACUUGUUACCGAAGCCAAACGCACCUGAGCCCCCACGAACAGCAGAGGGAGCGAGUCCGCAAGGUGACAAGACCUCGGGCUGUGAUCUGAAACAAGGCGCACACUCUCAGAUACAGGCGGUGUCUCUCCGUUAGGGAGACUUCUGCUCUAGUAUCUUCAGUUUUCAUGUGAGCGUAAAGAGGGAUUGAUGAUUCUGCAUGUUCGGGAAAUUCAAUUCUUUUAUUUCUCUCAAGUUAUUCAGAGGCUGUGCAGUAUUAUCAAGCACAUCCUUAACAUCUAAUAAAGGACGCUAUUUUCAAAAAUGAGAACAAAUUCAAAUUAAGCCUUCGAUUGAUUUUCUCUUAACUUUGCAUGUUGGUAAUAUAUUAAUUUUGCCCUGUGGACUUAUUACAGCUGAAGCUUUUUUAUUGAUAUUAUUUGUUCUUUGCCCGAAUGUUCGAUCCACCUUGAAACGAGACACAGCAAGGUCGUCGGUGUUUAGUUUUAGUUUUGAUCAAUGUCAAAGUGAAGAGGUGGAUUUUUUAUUUGAAAGGCUUUUUUGUAUUUAAUACCGCACAUUAUUACCUGAAUGGGAUUCAGGUUGCAGUUUCUAUGUUGUAACUGUGUUGCAAAUGAUUUGCAGUACAAAGCUAGAUUUGUAGUCGCCACUUAUUAGAUAACAUACUAUAGUUUGAUUUUCAUUUAAUGUCAUAUUUCUGUAUUCUUGGUAAAACAGUUGAUUGUAAAACAAUCCUGUGAGAUUAGAUACAGACAAGUUGUCUUGCUAAGCAAAGGUUACUGAAGUUACAGGCUACACAAUCAUUUUUUAUUUUCUUUCUUUUUCGUAGUUAUGCAUUUGCUUUGCUGGCAAAUGCUUUUGAUUCUUUGUUAAGUGAACGUGUUUGAGUUAUGGGUGCAUGUGCUGUCCCAAAUCUGUGCAUCUACAGUUGUUUCUUUUGAACGAGUGUUAAGGUGAAGCAUGGAGAGGUAUUGUGUGUGUGUAUGUGGUGCGGCAGUAUUGAAAAUACCUCAAAUUGCCGAAGUGUAUUUUUCAGGCAAGUGAACCGUUGAUUUAAUGUCAAAUCAGGGUACAUUGUUUUGGAGAAUCCAGAGCAGGUGUAUGAAAGUGAAGUUUGGCGGGCAUAUUGGAGAAGUGUUUUUUAAAUCAGGACAUGAUGAUGACAUUUGUCAUUAGUAGAGUCUGUUAAUUCCCUAAAGACUUUGGAAUAACACAGCGAGCAUAGUGGAGGGUACUUCUUGUUUGCACGUCCUGAUUUGUAAAAGCGCCUCCUUGUUUUGUUUUGAAUACGUGACAGUUCCUACCUCCAUGGUUUAUGGCAGUGAUUGUUAAAAAAAGAGUUGAGGAGUUGCAGGUAACCUCAGUGCAAUGUACAGAAAAAAAUAGUUUGUGAAGUGUAUUAUCCCACAUUAUUGAAUUUUAUAAAUUAUUUUGGGAGUGACGUCAAGGCUAUAUGGUCAUAUUGACAGGCAAGUGAACUUUUCUAUUUAAGUGCUGUGUAAGCACUUUGUUUCUCUGUAAUCUUAGAUCCUUCGUUUAUCCCGCUGCAGCUGUUGAACUGCAGAAACUGAAAAGAACUUCAGUUCACUUGUUCUUUUAUAAUGCUUGUUGAAAGAUAUUUUUACUUUUGAUAUUGUGUAAUGCAAAGACUUGAGGAGGAAAGUAACGUGUACAUAAGUAGCAAAUGAACCCCAUGACUCACAGCAUUUUUUAAGCCAUUACAUCUAUUCAGCAUGCAGUGGCCCAUGUGCCUUGCUGUAAUGUUUACGUCAAAGUACCUACAAAUAAAUUGGUGCAUUUAAUUAUGUAUGUGCUCUUUUGUUUUGUGUUGAAAUGCUAUUUGGAUGCAAUCAUUCAUGCCAUUGAUCUGAGGUCAUCUAAUUUAACACAAGUUUUGACACAAGUCCCCCUAAUGUGCAUCGCGGAUCCAAUAAGAAACCAACGGCCGAUAGAUGACUUCAUCACAUUAGAAUAUGAAGCCCAUCCUAUCUCACUAUAAGUGCCUGGCUCCAAAGUAACAGGAGCAGAGAGAUUUUGGUUAACCGGCUCCAAACCCGCGUGCAACAAGUUUGAGGAAUGAAAAGCAAUUUGACAAAGAUCUGCAGAGCAGGAUUCCUGUCUUCUUUCAUUCUUGUCUACUACAUUGCAAUAACAUCUUCAAUGACUCUAGAUUUAACUGAACUGGGAAAUAAAGUUUCAAAGACUAAGAUGACUCCAAAGGGGAAUCUCUGGGCUACAGGUAAGACAAAUACAAGCUCAUUUUUUCAUGUUUUUACGGCGUUAAAAAAACCAACAGUUUAUGUUGUUUUUGUUUUAAGGGCAUUUCAUGGGGAAGAAAAGUGUUGUGGACAGUUCCUUAAUGAAGUCUGCCUUUGAAGAUGUUGAAAUUCCCACUGGCAGGGCGGUUAGUCUGCACCAAGUGGGAGACCUGCAAGCACUGCUCUUCCAGAUAUUGAAAACUGCCCAACAAACACAUCAGAAACAUGCAUUGAACGUGUAAGACGAUGAUGAUGUUGAUUUAUCAUUAUUAUAGCCAAUACUUGACUUCACAGCUGAUUUUUCCAUCCAUUUAGAGGUGAAGGGCAUCCUGCUUGAGGAACAUUUGAUACAACACUUAACAAUAUGAAGACCGAUUGAAGAAGACAAUAGCGUUUAAAUUGAUAUAUGAAUAUGGUGACGUUUUCAAUGUGAUGUUACAUUUUAUAGGUUAGUAUAAUGCUGAUGUUCUGUUCUUGGGAGCAGUUAUUUAUGUAUAAAUACCAAUAAAUAAGGAUAGAAAUCCA